AAUUAAUAGUUUGUCGUCCAACGGAAACGUAUCCACUGUUCGCUUCUCCGUAGCUCAUCAUCCUCCGUAGCUCAUCAUCCAUGGAGUCAAUCCACUGCAAUAGUUUAGUAAACCCUAAUUUCUCCUUAAAUCAGCGUCAUCGGAGAAUAAAUCGCGCUCUUCUUGAUCGGAGAGAUGCUCUUUUGCGAUCUCUCAACGCCGUGGAGUUGCGGCGGAGCAGGACGUUCUCGGCUGUACGGACUUCUAAUUUUUCAGUUACUGCGGCGGCGACGGAUGUUGGUGGUCGAAAUUCGACGGAUGCUUCGGUAAUGACAACGGCGAUGAGCGGGGUGGAGAGAGGUAUUCGAGUAGGGAAAUCGAACUCCGCGCUUGAGCAGCUGGAUAUCGAGCGAGGCGUUUGCGUUCCAUUCCGAAAGUAUUCUCCGGAGACUGUGAGGAGUAAAGUGCUGGAAUCAAGAGGAGCAGUCGUCUCUCUAGUUUCAAGGGGUGUGGAGAUUGUUUGGACUCUUGGGUUGUAUUGGUCUACCUUAAUGUAUGAUUUUUUGGUUGGAAGGGACGAGGAAGUUGUCCCCUUUCGUGCUCGCCAGCUUAGGAACCUUUUGUGCAACUUGGGGCCUUCAUUUAUCAAAGCUGGACAAGUUCUGGCAAAUAGGCCUGAUAUCAUCCGUGAAGACUACAUGAACGAGCUCUGCAUUCUCCAAGAUGAUGUUCCUCCAUUCCCCAACGAGGUUGCUUUCAAUAUCAUCGAGGAAGAGUUAGGCCAACCUCUUGAGGCCAUAUUUAGCAAGAUUUCUUCAGAAACAAUAGCAGCUGCAAGCUUGGGACAAGUUUAUCGAGCUACUCUACGUGCCACUGGAGAGGAUGUUGCUAUCAAGGUGCAGAGACCACAAAUAGAGCCCAUAAUUUACCGGGAUCUCUUUCUUUUCCGAACCCUCGCCUCAUUCUUAAAUGGCUUUAGUCUACAGAAACUGGGUUGCAACGCAGAGCUAAUAGUUGAUGAAUUUGGAGAAAAGCUUCUGGAGGAGCUUGACUACACCUUGGAAGCCAGAAACAUUGAAGACUUUCUGGAGAACUUCAAAGAUGACCCCACAGUCAAAAUUCCUGGAGUAUACAAGAAUCUUUGUGGUCCUCGGGUUCUGGUAAUGGAGUGGAUUGAUGGUAUUCGGUGCACUGACCCACAGGCCAUCAAGGAUGCGGGGAUUGAUUUAAAUGGAUUCUUGACUGUUGGCGUAAGUGCUGCUUUAAGGCAGCUGUUAGAAUUUGGAUUGUUCCAUGGAGAUCCACAUCCUGGAAAUAUCUUUGCAAUGCAAGAUGGGCGUAUUGCUUAUGUGGACUUCGGUAAUGUUGCUGUACUGAGUCAGCAAAACAAGCAAAUUUUGAUUGAUGCUGUUGUCCAUGCGGUUAAUGAGGACUAUGGGGAGAUGGCAAAUGAUUUCACUAGGCUUGGGUUCUUGGCCAAGGAUACUGAUGUUUCUCCUAUCGUUCCAGCUUUAGAAGCCAUAUGGCAGAACUCUGCAGGGAAAGGACUUGCAGAUUUCAAUUUCCGUAGUGUUACAGGCCAAUUUAACAAGCUUGUGUACGACUUUCCCAUCCGUAUCCCGGAGCGGUUCUCUCUUGUUAUUCGUUCUCUGCUUACUCAGGAGGGUAUAUGUUUCACGCUGAAGCCUGAUUUUAAAUUUCUAGAGGUUGCUUAUCCAUAUGUAGCAAAACGGCUCCUAACGGAUCCAAAUCCUGCACUUCGGGAACGCUUGAUACAGGUUCUAUUCAAAGAUGGUGUUUUCCAAUGGAAAAGGCUGGAAAACCUUUUAUCACUUGCAAAGGAAAACGUUGCCAAAAUGAGUAGCAAUCCUAAUCUACGAGUAAAGCGUGUGGAGAGUAAGCUUGACUUGACAGAUACCAUUAAGGACGGAGCUCGUCUUUUCCUCCUUGACGAAGGCAUCCGCAGGAAACUUAUUCUUGCGCUCACAGAGGACUCGAAGCUUCACGUAGAAGAGCUUGUGGACGUAUACAGAUUGGUUGAAGACGAAGUAGAUAUUCCCACACUGGCCAUGGAAGUCGUGCGAGAUUUACCGAAUGUUUUCCGAGAUUUUGUGUUGUCAUGGAGCAACUCGGUGUUAUCAGACAGAUGAUGAAUCGGCUUCUCACUUACUUUUUUUGGCUCUUUUUGAAGAGGAAAGAGGUAAAUAUAGUACAGGGAGUAGAUGGAGAAGAAAAGCGUAGAUUAAUAUCGAUGCACACAUUGUUGUUAUACACCAAUCCAUACAUGUAAUUAUAUAAAAAACACACACAAACUAUACUUCACUUGCUGCUCUUUUUUAUUUUGGACGUUGUCUAAUGUAGUUGGAUAUCCAAACAUCAAUCGACGUCAUCAAAUCAAAGCUGUAAUGUUCUCACAA